CUUCAUGACCAGUACCGCGCUAAGUAUGACGUUGGGACGCUGUUCCAAGAAGUACUGGCGAUACCUCUUCUGGUUUCUUCUGAACUGUUGCAUUGUCAAUGCCUUCAUCCUCUACAAACUGACGUCCCGCAGGAGAAUCUGCAGGAAGCGGUUCACCCACCUUGAUUUCCGCCUGGAACUUGUCCGGGAACUGGUUGGCGGGUUCUGCAAAAGAAAACGGGCAGCACCGGAAGGCAGAGGGAGAGACGGUUUGGUGGAGCAGAUGAACAUGGGGGGCCAUGUCAUGUCCCGACUCUCCGACAAGACAAAGACCUGCAAGUACCACACCCGAUACCUGAAGCAGCGGAAGGAGACGAAGUUCGGGUGUGCUACGUGCGGUGUCCACCUGUGUCAGGAUGGUUGCUUCGCCAGAUAUCACAACCUGUGA